AUGGACCCACUGACCCUGACCCUCCUGGCGAUGACCGCAAUGACCGCAGCGACCGUGGCCACCAGUGUCCCCUCCAGUGCCACCACUGCCCCGCCGCUGCUGGCGGUCACCCUGGACAUGGCCCCGGGCUCCUUCGAUGACCAGUACCGGGGCUGCGGCCGCGCCAUGGCCGCGGAGCUGCCGGGCCUGAACCGCUCCGAGCUCCAGCGGGGCGGUCACUUCGCCGAGGGCUGGGCUCUGGCCGCGGCCCAGUGGCGUGUCCGGCCAUCCCCUGGGUCCCCUGGGUCCCCUCUGUCCCCAGCCCAGGCCAUCGCGCUCAUGGCCUACACGGCGCCGGUGCCGUUACACCGGGAGUUCAACGAGGCCGUGCGCGCGGCCGGGCACUCCCGGCAGGAAUACCGCGACAACUUCCACUUCAAAACGCUGCAUUUCCUGCUGACCCAGGCCCUGGCGGCGCUGAGGGACGCGGGGGGCCCGCGGUGUCACCGCGUGUUCCCGGCGUCUUGGCGCUGGGUGCGCUCGGUGCGGCGCGGGCGACUCCGUCGCGCCGGCCACUUCGCGUCGGCCUCGCUGCGCAACGAGAGCUCCUGGGGCUUCGGCACGGACGCGGCCUUCCAGGUGCUCACCUGCCACGGCGCGCCCAUCCGCGAGUUCUCCUUCUUCCCGCACGAGGAGGAGGUGCUGAUCCCGCCCUUCGAGACCUUCGAGGUCACCGAUGUCUCCAAAGUCACCAAGGGUGGCGACAAGGCGCGGAUCCAGCUGCGCUCCACCGGCACCUUCAGCAACUACAACUGCGAGUGGCUGCGAGGCAGGAACAUCCCUGGGGACCUCCCCCACCUCGGAGGGCUCCUCCUGGCCACCGUGGCCCUGGCAGUGGCCACGGAGAUCCUCUAG